AUGCCUCGUCGAUCAUCUCCGCCCGUGCAGUCGCCGCCAGCAGCGCCUGCGGCGUCUAAACGGCGCGCCUCUGCCAGGCUGUCCGCGUCGCACACAGUCAAGCGGGCCAAGUCCGACGCCGACCUGGCAGGCAGCACGCCGGUCAAAACCACGGCCCGGAAGAGCAAGUACUUCGAGGGGGGCAGUUCUGACGAGUCCGAAGGCGAAGAAGAGUCGGAAGGGUCGGUGUAUGAAGGAGAGCCUCUAGACGACCAGGAGGAAUCCGAUUCUGAACCGGAGCCGGAGCCGGAUGUUAGUGACAGCGAGAAGGAGAAUGAGUCCAAAAAGACGCCUCGCUCGAAGAAAAAGAGGGAUGAUCACGACCCCGACCACGACCGGGACGCCUUAAGGGGCAAAGAGCUGUGGCGCGAAGGCGUCACCACGGGCCUGGGCCCGGGCAAGGAGGUCUUCAUCGCGAAACCCAAGGCGCGAGACGCCGGCGACGUGCCAUAUCGCGACGAGACCCUGCAUCCCAACACGCGGCUGUUCCUGCUCGAUCUGGCGGUGAACAAUGAGCGGCCAUGGCUCAAGGCGCACGACGCGGAUUUCCGCGCAGCAAAGAAGGAUUGGGAGACGUUCGUCGAGUCCCUGACCCCAAAGAUCUGCGAGCGGGAUGGCACUAUCCCCGAACUGCCCGUCAAGGACUUGGUCUUCCGCAUAUAUAGAGAUAUCCGAUUUAGCAAGAACCCACUUCCGUACAAGCCCCUGAUGCCGCAAGGGCUAGACAAGAUCCCCCCAAAGGUCUUUGGCUUCUCCGUCUGCGUGCCCAUUGCACCCUUUCUGUCUGGCGGCGGCCUCUGGCACCCGGAGGCAGACUCGCUGGCAGCGCUGCGCGAGGAUAUCGACGAGAACGCGGAUCGUUGGAAAGAAUUGCUCCGGGCGCCGGGGAUGCGCCGCGAGUUUCUCAACGGGGUCGCGGAUGAUGACGAUGCGGUCGUGAAGGCCUUCGCGGAUCAUAACAGGGAGUCUGCGCUCAAAACCAAGCCAAAGGGACUCUCGUGGACCGGACAGGCGCGCAUGUCGGCAGUCAUGACCAUCAUCCGACCGGAGAUAGAGUUCUGGGCUGUCUCUUCACAUGAGAACCCUGGAAAUACAUACUCCUCCGAUGGAGCUCGUGGUCGACCCAAAACAGAACCCCGAGUGGCAAAAGCGACACGACGCGAGGCACGGGUGCGGCAGACCCCGUGUUCGGGGUCUAAGGGAGGACCCGUGUUCCCUGGCGCUGGCUUCACGCUCGGCCGGCCCGUCGCAGACGCAGUACUGACGAAUGCGGAUGAUGCGCAGGAGCGCAUCGCGGAUCUAGUUGGCAUCCUGGAGCCCUGGGUGACCUAUCUCAACGGCGUGGUCCGGCCGGACCAUUGA